AUGGCCACGACGAGCAGUGCUUUUCAGGCACUAGUGAGCCACCCUCCAGUUGAUGGGCAGAUCAACUUGCAGUUGGAACAAGUCACCAGGCGACCGGUCGGCCCUGACGAGCUGGUGGUGAGAAUCGUGGCCACGGGAGUUUGUCAUUCAGAUAUACACUAUGCGAGUCAGUCGGCCAGUCAAGGCACAUACCCCCGAGUCCUGGGUCACGAAGGUGCCGGCUACAUUGUCGAAGUUGGCAGUGGGGUGACCGCCUUCAAACCUGACGAGCCAGUUCUGUUGUCGUUUACGGGCUGUGGCACAUGUCGACGUUGCUCCGAAGGCCACCCGUGUUUCUGCACGGUGCGCACGAACAAACAUCUCGGCGGCGAGGCAGGCGUGUUUCGGACCGCCCAGGAGGGCCAGGGCGUCCAUGGCUUGUUCUUCGGUCAAUCGAGUUUCGCCAACUAUACAAUUGUGAAACAAGGAGCGGCGGUCAACGUGUCUGGACUGGUCAAGGAUGAGGACGACCUACGGUUAUUUGCAGCCAUCGUGUGCGGAUUCCAGACCGGUGCUGGAUCCAUCAUCAAUGUCGCCCAUGGGCGAAAGGAAGAUUCUGUGGUGGUGACUGGGACGGGGGGUGUUGGUCUGGGAGCUAUAGUGGCUGCUCGAGUCCUGGGCUCCAAGACCAUCGUCGCGGUCGACACUCACAAAUCGCGUCUCGAGGCGGCCCGAAAGCUAGGGGCCACGCAUACGCUUUUGUCAGGCGCCAACUUCAACCUGGCUGAAGAGGUUUUUAAGGUGACUGCCGGUGCUGGAGCCUCCAUCGUUCUGGACACCACGGGCAGUCUGCCACUGAUCGAAUCAGGCGUAGCAGCGACAGAAGACGGAGGCCGUUUUGUUCAUGUGGGCCUCCCGAAUCCCAUUGGGGCUGAGUUGAAGAUCCCUUUACAUCAAUUCCUUGCGGUAAGGAAGCACCUCCCGAUCAUAAACUGCUCUCCCCAUCGUUUCGUGCUCGGAAUUGCAAGUUGA